AGUGCAGCAUGUUGCAGGCUGUGUCUCUUUGGCUGUUCAUAGUGGCAGCUCUGCUCCAGGUGUCGGAGCAGGGUCCUCAUCAGCGCUAUCUGUUGAGGGAGCUGCUGAGGGACUACAACCCCAUGGAGCGGCCAGUGGCCAAUGACUCUCAGCCUCUCACCGUUCGAUUCUCCUUCACUCUCAUGCAGGUUAUGGAUGUGGAUGAAAAGAACCAGAUUCUUACCACAAAUGCCUGGCUGCAGAUGCAGUGGUAUGACCACUACCUCCAGUGGAACCAGUCAGAGUAUCCUGGAGUGAAAAACUUGCGCUUCAGUCCCAACCAGGUCUGGACACCUGAUAUACUGCUGUACAACAGUGCUCAUGAUAAGUUUGAUGCCACCUUCAAAACCAAUGUGCUGGUCAACUCCAGUGGUUUCUGUGAGUAUUUGCCUCCAGGAAUAUUCGUCAGCACAUGUAAUGUAGACGUGCGAUGGUUUCCAUUUGACAUCCAGCGCUGUGAACUGAAAUUUGGCUCCUGGACAUUUGAUGGUUGGCUGCUGGACAUCCAGAUGAAGGAGGCAGAUGUGUCAGGAUACAUGCCCAAUGGCGAGUGGGAUCUUUUGGAGGUGCCUGGAGGCCGUAAUGAGGUUUUCUACGACUGUUGUGCGGAGCCCUACCCUGAUGUGACCUUUGUGGUGACCCUAAGAAGGAGGACCCUGUACUACGCUCUGAACCUACUCAUCCCCUGUGUGCUCCUCUCUUCCAUGACCCUAGUGGUCUUUCUGCUCCCUGCCAACUCUGGGGAGAAGAUCAGCCUGGGUAUCACAGUUCUCCUUUCUUUGACUGUCUUCAUGCUGAUGGUAGCAGAGAUUAUGCCUGCCACUUCAGAUUCUGUACCGCUGAUUGGUCAGUACUUUGCCAGCACCAUGGUGAUUGUAGGGAUGUCUGUCGUAGCCACAGUCAUUGUGCUUCAGUUCCAUCACCACAACCCAAACAGUGGACACAUACCCCAAUGGGUGAACUUGGUUCUGCUCCAGUGGGUUCCUUGGUUCCUGCGGAUGAAGCGACCAGGAGAGGGAGAGAACGCCAUCCUUCCCCACAGCCAGGCAGACUCUCAGAGCAGGAGCCUGUCCUCCCCUACUACCACCACUACCACCACUACCACCCCCACCCCAGUUCCCUCCACCAUCCCCCAGAGCCUCACCUCCCUGCAGGCCAGCCUGGCCCAGCUCAGCCAUCCACAGGCACGGCCCAACUCGCAGCCCAUUAUCCUCCCUAAUCCCAGCCACAGAGAUCUCAGCCUCAACCCACAUCCUCAGCCCAACGGUCAUCUGCCUUACAUGGGCUUCCAGACUGCAGAACUGGAGCCUGCUCAGCCAAGCAGGAACAAGAGGAGUGUUGGUGGAGGAGGAGGAGAGGUAGCAGGAGGAGGAGCUACUGGAGAUACACCUACACACCACGUCUCACCCACCAGGCUUGGGACCACCCCACAGCAAACUCCUGCAUCCCCACACCGCGACCCUUCAACCUCAUCCUCUGGUCCCAGUGGCCUUGAGGCUGGAAGUGGAGCAGGAAGAGCGAGCUCCAUACACUCUCACGGUGGUGCAAUCCGACCUGGGCCAGUAGACACCCAGCUGCAGGCCCUUCUGGUGGAGGUUCGAUUCUUGGUGGAGCGUGUCCGCGAGCAGGACCGGCAGCUGAGUGUGGCGGAGCAGUGGCAGUUUGCUGCAGCCGUCAUUGACCGCCUGUGUCUGGUUGGAUUCAGCGUCUUCAACAUCAUCUGCACCAUCGCCAUCCUCAUGGCUGCACCCAACUUUGGGGAAGCACUGUCAAAAGACUUCCUUUGAGAAGACCAUGAGAUGAAGAAACACAGAGGGAUUUGUUGGAAGCACAAUUGCUGUUAAUGACAUUGACUGGGCACAGAACAGCAAAUAUCUCCCCUUUGCUAAGCUGGAGUGGACUUUGGUAAAUUCAGAUGUGUGUGCAAAUUGAGGAUUUGAGGUAGAUUUCAAAAACAUUAGAGUAAUCCAGAGUAGAGGAAUGUGCUCAACUAGAGAGAACCAAUUUCAGGUUAUGAAUAAUCCAUGAACAACGGACAGCACUUGUCAUGAAAGUAAGUGAAAACUCUUUCCAAAUAUUUACAUGAUAAUGUACAAGCUUCACUCUUCACAGAGUGUUUUAGCACAUCAGUGUGUGCCAGUAUGUUUGGCUGGUUCUGACAUACAAGGGCAGCGGUUAAAUACCUUCUCCUCCAAAAACUCACCAAUUGAUCUUAGACCUUUCAUUAUAAUGUAGCUUGUUGCAAAUAGCCAUAGCUUAUCAAACCAAAGGACAAAAAUUUAUCUCAAUCAUCUUAUGAGUUAUAGAUCAUGUUUUGAAACAAAAACUAAAUCUAAAGGUAUUGAUUCAUUAAAACACAGAGAAAAAGUGUAAUUUUUUCCUGCUUUAUAUGAAUGAGAAAUGGAAAAACAGAAUGGUCUCACUGACUUGAUAUCUGUUUUGAAAUAUCUGUGGCUAAUGAAAUGAUUUGACCAUUGUGAGCACUGUGUUAUGCUUUGAAUAAGCAAUGAUCACUUGAAUGAAGGUCUGUUAUUAAUGAGAUGUUUGUGAUCAGUGGGUAUUUCCUGGAUAGCUGAAUGUAUUUAAACCCUACACUUGUAUGUAAGCGAAAAACAAACUGGUAUGCCAAUGUAGGCAGGGGCUGAGAUGUCCUGUGCAGCAUAUUUGCACAUCAUUGCUCAAGUACACCAAAGAAGAGUACACUUACUUUCGUUGUGAGUGCUCUCCAUGAAAAACAUGAAGGCGAUUUAUUCUUUUCUCUGAACUUGAAAAGCCUGACUUUCCCCAUGAAAGAACAUGCCUCUUCCUGCUCAUGCUGUUUGUUCAUGCAUUGUUCUUUCAAUGUUUUCUAUUAAUGUCUCACUGGUAUUUGAAUCAUGGCUUGUGGACUAAUUGAGAAACUCAUUGAGUGUUUGCAGGUUUGAGGAUUACAUAGC